UUGCAUCAUAAGAAGUAGACAGACUUGCUCGCCGUGAAACUUACUCAGGCGACGUGAAACUCAGGCGCGGUCCAUAAGCACGCCAGCGCAACGGCGUUGGUCGUUUUAGCUGUGCCACGCGUAUUAGCUUGCUAUAAUUCAACAGCCAGUCGCUGCGCCCGCCGUUGGCUCAUGCCACGGCCAGAAUGGAGGAGUCCAGAGGCGCUUGGGCGCAGGACGUCUCGUUUUCUUCAAGGUUGCUUCCGGAAUACAAUUAUUCACAUACUGGUCGCGCUAGCAGCACUCAGCACUUGCAAGUCUUAUACGGGAGUCGUCGCCCAGCAGCACCGCAGGCUGUUGGCGAACUCUUACUUCUAUUGCACUAGUACAGGGAGCCAAUGCAGCGCUUGCAGUAUGGCAUUAAUUGACAUUGCUAGGUAUAACGACACAUGCGCUACCACCGACAAUAUGGGUCGGGACAACACCAUCUGUCGAUUGCCUUCGGCAGAAGGGGGCGACAUAGCUGCUUCCUCCAUGUGUGGUGGCAGCUACACCACCACCACCGUGCCCCGGCCCGGCGAUGCGAGUGCCUCAGCCGGCGCAUUGUACCUGUGGCGCGAGUCCGGGGGCACUGUCCUUGCCGCAACAUUGAGGCUGGAUUGCAACUACAUGAUUGUAGCACAGCCGGUGAACCUCACGUUGCAGUACGGCGCCGGGCUGUCCAAGACAGUGUCCAAGACAGCAUCUACUAUCAGCACAUGCAUGUCCUUUCAGGUGCCGCUGGACGGCGUGGAUGGCAGCGGCUGCAGCACGCAGCGUGUGAAUGCCACCGUGGGGGCGAGCCUGCAGCACCCUGCGCCGCCCAGCCCCGCGCCGCCCAGCCCCGCACCGCCCAGCCCGGCCCCGCCCGGCCCCGCACCUCCCAGCCCGGCGCCGCCCAGCCCGGCGCCACCCGGCCCGGCGCCUCCACACCCUGCGCCGCCCAGUCCCGCACCGCCCAGCCCGGCGCCGCCCAGCCCGGAGCCGCCUAGCCCUGCACCGCCCAGCCCGGCGCCGCCCAGCCCCGCACCUCCCGGCCCGGCGCCGCCCAGCCCCGCAACUUCCAGCCCCGCGCCGCCCAGCCGCGCACCUCCCAGCCCGGCGCCGCCCAGCCCGGCGCCACCCGGCCCGGCGCCUCCCAGCCCGGAGCCGCCCAGCCCCGCGCCGCCUAGCCCUGCGCCGCCCAGCCCCGCGCCGCCCAGCCCGGCCCCGCCCGGCCCCGCACCUCCCAGCCCGGCGCCGCCCAGCCCGGCGCCACCCGGCCCGGCGCCUCCACACCCUGCGCCGCCCAGUCCCGCACCGCCCAGCCCGGCGCCGCCCAGGCCCGCACCUCCCAGCCCGGCGCCGCCCAGCCCCGCACCUCCCAGCCCGGCGCCGCCCAGCCCGGCGCCACCCGGCCCGGCGCCUCCCAGCCCGGAGCCGCCCAGCCCCGCGCCGCCUAGCCCUGCGCCGCCCAGCCCCGCGCCGCCCAGCCCGGCCCCGCCCGGCCCUGCGCCGCCCAGCCCUGCGCCGCCUAGCCCUGCGCCGCCCAGCCCGGCACCGCCCAGCCCGGAGCCACCUAGCCCGGCGCCGCCCGGCCCGGAGCCGCCCAGCCCGGAGCCUCCCAGCCCGGCGCCGCCCAGCCCAGAGCCGCCCAGCCCGGCCCCGCCCAGCCCCGCACCUCCCAGCCCGGCGCCGCCCAGCCCGGCGCCACCCGGUCCGGCGCCUCCCGGUCCGGCGCCUCCGCACCCUGCGCCGCCCAGCCCGGCACCGCCCAGCCCGGCGCCACCUAGCCCCGCGCCUCCCGGCCCGGAGCCGCCCAGCCCCGCGCCGCCCAGCCCGGCGCCGCCCAGCCCGGAGCCGCCCAGCCCCGCACCUCCGAGCCCGGCGCUGUCUAGCCCUGCGCCGCCCAGCCCGGAGCCACCUAGCCCAGAGCCACCUAGCCCUGCGCCGCCCAGCCCUGCGCCGCCCAGCCCUGCGCCGCCCAGCCCGGAGCCACCCAGCCCCGCCUCGCCUGUGCCACCAUCGCCUCAGCCGCCCAGCCCGGCGUACCCGGCGCCUGUGGAUGCCCUGCCGCCAUUGCUUGCUCCGCCGUCUCCUGAGCCGCCCAGCCUGACGGCUAGCCCUGCUGCGCCACCCAGCUCUGCACCUCCCAUCUCAGUUUCCAGCCCGGAGCCACCCAGUCCCGCUCCUGGGGUCGUGCCACCGAGCCCCUUGCCACCAAGCCCCUUUCCAUCCAGCCCUGGCCCCGGUACCCAAGUCCCACCGACACCUCCCAGCCAGCCCCUUGUUGGCGCACCACCUCCACUCGGCGACAGCAACAACAACGGGACCAGCCCUGAUAACGGCACCGCAAGCGCUGUGCCGGCCGCGGCGCCGCCGCCCUUGGUGCCAGCAGGCGGCAAUGGCAGCAGCACCGCAGCCCCUGGCACGGGUUCAGGAACUGUCAACAGCACGACAGGUGGUGCUGUGCCCCCGCCAGCCCCUGACACGGCCAACACUGGCGCUGCGUACCCUCCUCCAUCCGGCCUCUUCCCUGGUGGCCCCAUUUUCAACGCCACAUCCAACUCCACUUCAAACAACACUUCCAAUUCCACUGCCAACUCUACUGACAGCGGUAACAGCACCACCAUCUACUGCAGGAUCGAGCUGAGCUUUGCCGGCGAGCUGUCCUCAGACACGCUGACGCAGGUGGCGAGCAGCCGACCCGACAUCGCGCCGCGGCUGAUCACUGCUACAGCCGGCUCCUACAUGCUCACCACUCCGUACCGAAUGUACGCGGCGGGCACUGGUGGCAGUAGUGGCACAGGGGGUCCGGCGGGGUGCGGCGUGCUGCAGGGCGAAGCCGUAAUCGCACUGAUGCAAGCGCUCGGGUCUUCCACGGGCGCCAUCAGCACGGCUUGCAUCCUGGACAGCCUGCCAGCUAGUAGCAGCAGCAGCAGUAGCAGCAGCAGCAGCAGCAGCACCAGCAGCAGUAGCAGCAGCAGCACCAGCAGCAGCAGUAGCAGUAGCAGCAGCACAUUUGGCAACAGCAGCGUCAUCCCGGAGUGCACGGACACGGCGGUUGGCCUGCUGUACGGCUGGCUGAAUGUGUCGUUGUCGUACAAGCCGGCGGCGUGGGCGGCGGCGGCGCCGUACGGUGUUGUACUGGCGGCGCAGUCGGGCACGCUGGCGGCGGCGCUCUGUGACGCGGGCCUGGCGACGUCGACCGAGGGGCUGUGCAGUGCGGCCAACGCGCCGGCGCGUGUGAGCACACGCGUCAUUCUGGAGCUGGCGCCUGUCGCGUCCAACUCCACAGACGCCACCAGCAGUGGCCCUGGCGCCGGCGUCGCUUGUGUGCCGCUGACCGCGGCUGCGCUGAGCCGCUUUCAAGAGGCGGCUGAGGCGGUUGCGACACCGCUGAAUCCCAGCUCGGGCCCGGACCUGAAUCCGUACCCGAGUCUAAACCUGAACAUCGACUUCCUCCCGUCACCACCUGGCGGCAAGACUCAGCAGCAGCAGGACCCUGCGCCGGACCAGCCACAGCACUCAUCCAUUGGCGAUGGCGACGCCAGCGCGUCCAUCGGCAACGCCACGCUCGUGAACAGCGGCAGUGGCGGCGGCAAAGGCGGCAUCCCUGCCUGGGUGUGGGUGGUGGUGGCGGCGGGCGCGGUGCUUAUGCUGACCGGGUGCUUCGUGGUGGGCGGCUUCGUGCGGCGGCGUCAGGGUCGGCGGCUGUACCGCCAGGACCGCGCCGCCACGUCAGCGGAGAUGCAGACGGCGGCAGCGGGCGGCAACAUGAUCGUGGCACUGCCGCCGACAGACCCAGGGGACCGCGAGUUGGCGCUCGCCGCCGCCGCCGCCGCCGCCACUGCUGCAGCUGCCUCUGCGGCGGCGCCGCGCCUGUCACAGCAGCUGCCACCCGCUGCUGCGGCGGCUGCCCGAAGGGCCAGUUUCUCCGCCUCCGGCGUUUCGUUCUCGGGCAUGACUACUGCGGCUGGAGGCGGCGCCGCCGCCGCCAACAGCACAGGUUCCGGCGGCGCAUCACCCACUGCUGUUGCAGCGGCAGCGGCAUGUGGAGGCCGUCCGGACCGCUCCUCUAAUCUGCGGCGCAGCAGCUUUGUCAGCGUGGGUGACAUUGAGACCAGUGUGCACGGCGGUUCCUUACGCGGCGGCGCGUCCCGCCGCAAUUCCAUCACCACUGGCAGCGCCGCCGCCGCCGCCGCCGCCGCCACCGCCGCCGAGGACUCACCGCGCAGCCUGCUGCUGGCCAAGUCCAUCCGCCACCGCCACGUGGAGCUGGCAGCCGCCGGCCUCUACCACGUCAGCCCCAACGUCGACGGCUCCUGCUCCGGUGAGCAGCAGGCCACGGCCACGGGCGCGCACUACUCGCACUCGCUGCUGUUGCAGAGCGGCCUGCCACCGGACCUCGACCACGCCCUCGCCCUUGUCGAGGACGAGGACCACGAGCUCGAGGCCCAGCGCCUCGCCACAGCCGCCGCCGCGGGCUCCCGAGCUCCCAGCCGCGUCCCAUCCUUCUCCGACGCAGGCGCCACCGCCGGCGCCGGCGGACCCGAUCUUCACAUAGACCCGGCGACUGCCGCCGCCGCCGCCGCGCUCGGCGCGCGCAGCCGCCGAUUCAGCAGCGUCCGCCGCGGCUCGUCCUUCUACCAGCUGGCGGCGUCGCCAGUGGCGCCGUCGGCAUCGACGUUGGGGGCGGCGCCGCCCCCGCUGCUGAGCUCGGCACGCUCCCGCCGCGCCAGCAUGCCGACCAUGAUCGGCAGUGACCUGCUGAUAAUGUCGUCGGCAGCGGGAGCUGGAAACGGGGGCGGCGGCGACGCCAUGAUUGCGGCCGCUGCGGCGGCGGCGGCGGGCGCGGCGAGUGUGGGCGGAGACAUGGAUCCGGCGCGGCCCAGUGGCGGCGCCGCGGCGCGACAGCGCAUGUCCGCCGUCAACUUUGCCUCGGGCACGCUGCCCUUCCUGCAGUCGCGCCGCGCGGUCACGGCGACGGCCUACUGCCUCGGCACCGACGACGAGCCGCCACGCGGCAGCGCCGCCGCCGCGCCGGCAUCCUUCACGACAUCGGGCAUAAUCGCUCAGCCGCCGGGCUCAAGGCCGCCGGGCCCGCUCCUGGUCAGCAGCUCCCGCGCCGCCGUCCUGAGCCUGGCGGCGCUCCGUAGUGACGGCCAGAGCCGCCUCAGUCGGGCCGACGUCGGCUCCGCCGCCUCCAUGUCCGCCGGCGGCGGCGUUGGCGCCGGCGGCGCUGGUGGUCCUGGUGCAGGUGGCGCUGGUGCGGGUAGCGUGCUGAGCCAUGGCGGUGGCAGCGCCAGCAGCCGCACCGGCCCGCGGGUGAUUGGCCGCCCCGCCUGGACUGGCCUUGACACCGAGCGCGACAGCAACACCAGCACUGCAAGCGGCGGCGGUGGCGGAAUCGGCGCGCUGUCACUGGCAGCGCUGGCUUCGCCGCCGGCAGUCCUCUCUGCAUCGCAGGUCAUGCUGGACACGGAUGUCGCUGGCAUCGGCGCCGGAAGCAGAGCCGCCGGCCUCGCCACCUCGCAGUAUGCCAGGACGUCCUCACCGGCGGUGUCAGACACGCCGCAGGCGUGGCAGACGUCGCUUGCCGCUGGCAUGGCCAGCGGCGGCGGCGGCGGCGGCGGCGCCAUGGACAGCGCCAGCGGCAGCCGGCAGCGCUGGACCAGCCUGCUGGGCACCGGCGCCAGCGGCAUAUUGAGCUCGGGCUUCAGCCGCAGCCGCUUCAGCGCGGCGCAGGUGUCGGCGGCACAGAUGCCGGUGGCGCAGGUGGUGUCGGUCCCCUCUGGCGCAGCCGCCGCAGCAGCAGGUGCCAGCAGGCACCGCAGCCGCAGCACGGACGCGGUCGGCUGGCCCGAGCUUGGCGGCUCAUCAGACCCGCCGCACACACGGCUGCGGGCAGUGCUGGCGGGCGCGGACACGGCGGCGCCUGCUGCUGAGCCCCCGUCACGCCCCGACGCGGCGUCGGCCACGGCACCACCAGCGGUGCGCGUUGCGUCUGGCGCCGUGACGGAGUCGCCGGAGGCGAGCGGUAGCCUUCACACCGAGGGCGCCAGCACUGAUGGCGCCGCCGCUGCCGCCAGCAAGCGGCCCUCGCUGGCGGGCGUCCUGACUCGCAGCAUCACACUGGGCCUGAGCCGCACGCGCCGGGCCUCCUCCCACGUGCUGUCCCACAUGCUGUCCGGCAGCUUCCGUCGCGCGCCUUCAGGUGCCGCCGCCGUGUCACCAGCAGAUAACGCCAUACACGUGCGCCCCGCCGGCGGCGCCGCCGACACCUCCGGGCACGGCCCGCGGGCCGCCAAUGCGCCGGCCUCCGCACUCCGGUCGCACCCCGGCUAUGUGAAUGUCCCCAGCGACGGCCUUCCCUCCGAUGCUGACGUCGCCGGCGCCGCGUCGGCGCCGCUCCCGGCGCCGGUGGCGGGCGGCAGCGCGGCGGCGCAGCGGGGCGCUGCCUCGUCGCUGCUGGCGGCGGCCGUUCUCAAUGGCAGCGCCUCGGUUGCGCCCAGCGGCGCCGCCUCUGCCGUCAGAUCCACCUCCCACCCCCAGUUGCAGAUGCCUCGGUCGCCCAUCUUUGACGUUGGCGGCACCGGUGGCGGCGCCGCCUUGUCACCGCGGCAGGGCGCCGGACUGCUGGGGCCCAGUGCCGAUCUGGGUGCCGCCGCCACGCCGGAGCAUGGGAAGCAGUCCCCGCCGAACCUGCUAGCACCCGAGCAGCCGCCCUACUCGGCCCUACUGACGGUGGGGCAGCUUGCCCGCCGCGGCCCGGCACCGCCCUCAGCGGCGCCGUCACUGUCUCUGGGUCCCGCCCUCCCUGCCGGCGCCAGCGGCAACCUUGAUGAAGACGGCCUCCUGGAGCGGGAGUUUAUGAUGGAGUUGCUACUGCCACCGCCGCCCAGCAGCAAUAGCACCGCCGGCCAUCACCUCAGCACGCUGCUCACCAACACCACCAGCAAUGCAGACGACCUCGCCCCCACCUUGUCCAUGGCUGGUGGCGGCAGCGGCGGUGCGUGGGUCGGCCGCCGCCUGUCGCCCAUGCCAAGCAAGUCCGCAGGCCGCGGCGGCGCGACAGUUUCCAUGGGCUUGAGCAUGGGUUCCGAAUCCUCCGCCGCCAGUGGCGUAGGCGGUGUGGGCGGUGCGGGCAGCGGUCGCGGUGGUGCCGCCGCCGACGGCAGCUUUGUGCGCGGCUUCACCUCUCUGCUGGAUUCGAACCCGGGUCGGGCGGUGCCCGCUGGUGGCCGGCCGGUGGGCAUGCCCGCCCUCCGCGACAAUCCCCUUGCCAACCAGCCCUCAUCCUCUCUGCUACUCGUCACGGACACUGACGGCGCCGCGACGGCGGCAGCGGCGGUGGCGGCGGCCGCCGCCGCUGCGGCCAGUAGCAGCCCCUUCAGCAGCACCGUAGGCUUGGCCAGCACGGCUCGCGGCGGCGUGGUGCCAGCAGCAGCGGAGCGGCCGCGGGCAGCGCUGCCGGCUCCCACGCCCACUCCUGAGACGGACCGCGGCACGCCGCUGCUAGUGAGCUACCAACGGCUGGAGCAGCUGACAAACGACCUAUUGCUGGUCCCCCGCCUGCAGUCGCAGUCACAGUCGCAGUCACAGCCGCAGUCACUGCUGCAGCAGGCGCACCAACAGCAGCAAAGCCCCAGGCAGCAACGUCCAGGCGGCGGCGCAGUGCCGCAGUUCCAGUCGCGGCAGAGCAUCAAGGUGCCACGUGUGCAGGUGGCGCCGUCGUCAUCAGUCGGUGACGUCUCCGGACCUAUCACCUCCGCCUCCUCCUCCGGACUAGCCUCGGUGCUACUGGGCGACGCGGCGGCGCCGCCGCCGCCCACCAGCGCGCGGCCGGUGUCGCCGAUGGGGACGCUGGGCUUUGCACCCCGCGCGGCACGCAAGCAGCCGGCAUGGCAGCUGCAGCCGCAGGAACAUGAGCAGCAGGAGCAACAGGAGCAGGUGCAACAGGCUGCGGCGGGACCAGCACCCGAGUCCGACGCAAUCAGCACCGUCACCGCUGCGAAUGCGCAGGCUUCCCCUCACGUGGCAGCUGCUACUGCCGCGACAGCUGCCGCCUCUAAAUCUGCUGCAGCCAAGCCGGGUGCUACCGCCAAGCCGGGUGCUGCGGCUGAGGACGACGACUGGAAGCCGCCUGGCUGGAGUCCCAGUGAGGAGCUGGAGCGGCAGCGGCAGCGGCUGGCGGCGCAGCGGCAGCGGCUGGGGCAGCAGCAGGGCCGGCUGAACCAGCAGCAGGAGCGGCUGGCGCAGCGGCAGCAGCAGCCGCGACAAUAGCAGUAUGGCUGCAGUAUGGUUGCAGUACGGCUGCGGGCUUGAGAAUGUGAACGCACAGAUGGAGAGCAGCCGUGGAUGCGGCUCUGUAUGUUAUGACCAAGCAAACUGCACGGCCACUGUCACACGGCCGUGCCUUGCAUCGAACUGAAACCCAUUCAGUGCUGAUGUGCGCUCGGGGCCAAAUGUUUCUUAUCUGUUAAGCACCCUGUAGUGGCACAUUCAUGCACGGUGUAUGUAGUAUGCAAUCAAGGUCCGGGGGCAAUGGCACAGGUAGGCGUGCGCACCCCUGGGCGUGGGGCGUCGACCUCCGUUUGUGUGGUUGGGAGUUGACAGGCUUACUAGCUACACGCGGCCAAAAGUUUGGGCCCAGUGUAUGCAGUUUUACGUGUGUGUAUCCCUGUUUGGUAAGCGGCUUGAGAUCGCGGUCACCUGGUUGACAUUCUCAACUGUUGGAAAACCAGAAUCACGGUCCAACCGCUGCAUGACACAUACAAUGUACGCGGGAUGCGAACUCCUAUAACUUGACCGUCCUUACUUGCUGGGAUGGGCGACAGCGAAGCUUGAUCCAUCGUGAUCCAUGGUGCUCGGCACCUAUCUACCGGUACAAUCAAAUGUCAUUCAUGCAUACUUAGAGGCAUCGGAUGUGAGCUCCUUUUGCAAACUUGGGCGCAAGAACGGUGCAGGUAACGGAUUUUGGGUGAUAUGGCAUGGCGAUAUGGUCAGGCGCGGCGGUGUGUGCCUACCUACCAAGCUUACUUUGCAAGUACGGCGGUGGUUUUGUGUGCGGCACAAAAGAAUACGGUGCGUAUUUGUGUCAAUUGAGUGUACUACGCGCGAGGACUCGUGGCAAUCAUCAACUGUUUACCUUUUGCCGCACCCGACACGCUGUGUUGUCGUAAACAACAAUGAAGUUCUUCUUCAGUGCAGCGGCUGUGAUAGCCCAAGCCACUCAUCACGCCGCAACGGAGCUUGCGCUUGAUUUAUUGAACUUGGCUGAUGAACGUUCAUCUGAGAACAUCGUUGCACGAAAAGUGUGGACAACAUGAAACCGUACCUGUCCAUCAAGACUAUCUGCAAAGAGUAGAUAGCUGAAUAAGCUGUUUGGACCCUUUCGCCAGGUGUUUGUAUAUGCCAAACGUAUGUGCGGCGCAACAGUGUGCAUGAAGUGCCGUAGUUGCUGCUUGCUUGUAUUGAUUUUGAUGUCUUACUGCACACCGACCGGCCAGCAGCUCCGAUGGGGUUGUGUAACAAGAGGAUUGUCGCCUAGGUUGACAAGGGAGCGAGUCUCCCGUUACAGUCCUCCCCCCCUGGAAGCGAACGUCCUCGUGAGACCACCAGCGCAUCCGUAGAUGUUAUAGGCUCACUGCAGGCGCGGGGUGGGUUUACUGCCUUUGGCCCAGUUGCGUUGUUGCCUCGCUCUCACGGGCCAUCCACCUCAGGGCAAGGAGGGUGUAACCCUCUUGUGCACUAGUUCGGACCCAUGCACCCAUCCAGGAUCGAUCCUGGGACCUCAACAGUCAGGGUGACUCCUGGCAUUUCGCACCAAUGUAACAAGAGGAUUGU